AAUGUAAGUUUUAUAAGUAUCGAAAAUUAAAAAAAAAAGUUUCUUGAAAACUAAAUGUCGUAUCGCAAUGGUUUUUGGAUAAAUAUAUCCCUCAUGAUUUGUACUAUAUUCAUGAAAUGAUAACUAAAAACAUAAAUAACAAGGGUAAUUUUAUUUUAAGUAAGCCUGCAGUCUGCCCGGGCACACACACGGUGCGCAGAGCUUCAGGAAAAACCAACGUGAUUUGAAAACUACUCAAGAUAUCCGAGUGGGGUCUGUUUACAAAAAGCAUUAAAGUGUUCGCUGAAUGUCGAAAGGUACUUUUGAAUUCGGAUUAAGUUUUUAAAAUGUGUUUUUAGUAGAGUGAAAAUGGCUAAAAGGCGUGUUUUCGGAGUAAUUUUUAGGGAUAAAACAACCGAUACAGAAUUUUGAAACCACUUAAGGGCAGUGCAGUACACCUUUAUCUUCAUUUCUCGGCCAUAUAAUGUCACGGUCACCGCUCAGUUCUCUCAGUUAUCCUGUGUGACGACGACAAGACUGCGUGCCAGUCCAGAGGAGACACCUCUCUAGAAGCACCAGCGAGCGUCGCGCUUAUCAUCCCGCCUCACAGACACACAUAAACCCCGAACAGACGGCCAGCUUUACAUACAUUUAAAUUAGGGACAUGCCCUUUAAUGUUUACCUUUACUUCUGCUAAUGUUGAAGUUUUAGUCAUUUAAAUUUGUCCACAACUCUUUGAAGUUUACUGAGAGAUGGUCAAGAAGUUCAUGGGAUUUUUUAAGUUUUUGGUAGCAGAAUUUGCUUUUAAUACAUGUUUUUGUUCUGCACGAGACACGACUGUAAUUAGGUUGUGGAUAUUGUGGUCAGGAAUCUGUAGUAGGUAUGGUUUUUGGCUACAUACUUUAGUUUAAAUCACUUUGGCAUGUUUUUCCUGAUAUAUAUAAACAUCGGUUAAAACAUCGAUGUAUCGGUUGUCAGAACGAUGUUUUUUGACAUCGAUGCUUUUUCGUUUGAACAUCGAUGUUCGUGAUAUCGAUGUUUUUAAGAGCGAUGUUGCAUCCCUAUGUGCAAUCGAAAAGUCAAACGUGCAUACAUUACAAAACGCGUGGUGUUCCAAAACAUUUGAAGACAAGCAUGGCCAUUCUUUUGAAUAGUUAGGUCUUAGGUCGAAAGUUUUGAAGAAUUGCGUUCGUUUUUUUAUCCCCCAGAUACACGCUUCAUUUCUACAACCGGCCGGUAGCCUACAACUCACGUAGUUUCGGUUUCCUACCACGUUCGUGCAACUUUGGAUUUCACUCAAAAAUUGAAAUUAAAAAAAUCGAAGGGUUGGGUUAGGUUAGUCACAACAUGCUUGUUUUCAUUAAUUUAGCGGCUGAAGUGGCGUUAAUACCGAAACGCAAAACUUCGGAAAUCUUCGGAAAUUCUUGCAGGGAACCGAAACUACGUGAGUUGUAGGCUUCCCACAACCGGCACUGAAGAACACAACACUAUUGAAAAAAGGAAAAAAAUUUCACGUCUGUAGACACGACAAAAACAAUAUGGUGAAAAAAAUGAAUUUCAAGAAAUAAAUUAAAACAGCACAGGUUAGCCAAAGUACCGUACAAAAAUUAUCGUGAUGUAAGUAGCCAACAAACAAAAAGUCCGAGAAUAUGUACUAUUUUUAUCGUACAACGGACGUAAUACCAUCCCAUUAUUAUUUCAAAACACGAGAAUUAAUCUACUCAUGUCGACAGUACAUGCGCACACAUACUAGUUCCGUUAUUGUUUUUGUUUACGUACACGCUGUUACGUUUGAAUAAGAAAAUUAAAAAUAAAGUACAAGUUUUUGGAUGGUAAUUUUUUUCAAAAUUUGCCUCAAGUUUGUUCGUUCAAGUGAAUAUUUUUGUUUCAGGAAGAAACGGACCGUCGUAAAAUUCGUUAAGAUGAAAUAAAAUUCAAGGUUAUUAUAUACGUUUUUGGCGGGACCAAACAAUGAGUUCGAUUAAGUGAAGUGUUCGUUUAACUGAAGUUCGUUGUACUCAAGGUAGUUAGAGUAUAUAAGGUAAGCCAUUCCCGCUGACUGCGCAUUCAUUGGCUGAAGGCAUCUGACGUCACGUGGAGGAGAGAGAGCGGGCUGGAAGUUGCCGGCCAGCGCAGCAGUACGCCGCGAUAAAAUAAACUCGUCAUUGUGAAGAAACUAAAAGACCAAAGUAAAAUCUUUUUUUGGGAUAUAUUCCUUGAUGUUCAUAGCCUCUAAUGGUUAAGUUUUCAAUGUAUAAUUUGCUAUGAUAUGGCAGAAAAAAAAUAAUACGCCACACAGUGAUUUGAAGGUUUAGCAGAUGAUUUGGUACAAUAUUCGUUAUCUAAAGCCGCGUACACACUUGCGCGCCGCGGCUGCAAUGCAACACGCCACGAACAGGAUUCGCCAGGUGUGUACGGGCCCUCGAACACGCGCCGAGCGUGCGCCGCGCACGCCACGAACCGCGCGCCGCGAACCGCCAGCUGUCGGUUUUUUCGACGAACACAAAGGGAUUCGGCGCGCCAGUGUGGACGUGUUUGCAGCUCGCAGCGCACACGCAGCGAACAUGGAGUGGAGCGAAGAAGAUAUGUUGGGCUUGAUUGAAGUGUAUAGAACACAUCCUGUGCUUUGGGACCCAAGUAAUAGAGACUACUACAAAAAAGCUAAAAAAAUGGAUGCGUGGAGAGACAUAGCUGUUACAGUCGGGCAGUUAGAAGAUGAAUGCAGGAAAAAAAUGAUUAGUUUGCUGUCGUCGUACAGAAGGGAGAAGUCAAAAGAAAAAAACACAAUAGGGACUGGUAAAGGUACUUCCGAAGUGUAUACCAGCCGAUGGUUCGCCUACGAGUCGUUAAAAUUUCUGGAAGGCAGAGAUAAGCCACGGCCAACAAUGAACACGGAGCCGGUGAUCAUUGAAGGAAACCACGUCCAUCAAGAACUGAAUGUGCAAAAUGAAGACCAAGAAUUUCUUUCUCCAAGUGCACCUAAGCGAGCAAAAGGAAGGCAACAGGGUGAUGGAACUGCACUGCUAGCGGAUGCUAUUAGCAUUCUACAAGCUACUGCUGGAAAAUUCAACAUGUCUUCUGAACAGAGCGAGAUUAAAACAUUUUGCGCAUAUUUAUCUUCCAAAAUGGCGACAUUUUCUUCAGCUACAAGAUUGGGGGUUCAGCACGCUGUUUAUGACAUUUUGAUGAAAGCAGAUCGAGGUUUGUUUGAAAUACCUACAUACAACUAUGGUCAAGGUCAACUAUUUCAUUCCAAUGCACCUGAAAACUAUUCUACUCGCAUGUAUAUGCAACAGCCAGCUUCCCACUCAUCAACUUCAUCAGUUUAUCUUCCUGCUCAACAACAACAACAACAACAACAACAACCCUUUGAGCCAAAUCUGUCGCAGUCUUCUCCAGCUGGUCGGUCCCCGACACAAAUGACUCCACAUGCACAAGUUACUAUGCUACCUAGUGCCUCGGCUACAAGUAUACAAACAAAUUCAAGUCACACCAUUUCACCGCUGGCGUCAAUGCAAAGUCCUUUAUCGCAUUCAUCUCAGUGUUCUGAUGAUUUUAAUGACUGUGUGUAAAUUGCAUCACAAUUUUUGUGUUAAUUUAUUUAUUUGUUUAUGUGAACUACUCUGAUUUAAUUUGAAUUUAAUGAGUUCAUUUAUUUAAUUUUUCUUUCUUACAUCA